UUGAAGCCUCUUCACAUCGCGAAUUUAAUCGAAUCCGGGCGGUCGACGGGAAAGUGAAAAGUGCGACAAUUAAUUUUCUAGUUAGGUUCCAGUUAUCUUUAGAGAUCUCCUCCAAGCCCAAGUUCGUCCAAAAUCGCAACAAUAUGGCCAAAAGCUGCUGCUACUGGAUUUUGGCAGCCAUCGUGGGAGUUAUCGCUUUUUCCGGCACCGAAGCCUCGAAAUGUUACGAAUGUAAGGCUCUAGACUGCGAAGAAAAUAAAUCAGUGGACUGCACUCCUACCACAGAAGCAGACAAGUGCUUCAGCAUCAAUCGAGACACGUUCAUCGAGCGAGGAUGCUUGAAGACACUUACAGUCGAAGGGGAUAAGACCAAAUGUUCGACUGAAACCGACCUAAGCUGUGUCACUUGCGAUGGAGAUAAUUGCAACAAUCAGAAAUGGCGAAAGUGUUACUCUUGUUCCGGUAAUGCCGAAGAUUGUACCAAGGAACAGUCCGGAGACACCGGUUUGAAGUUGUGUGGAAAAUAUGUUGCCACAGAUCAAUGUUUCUCGAAGGUUGACACCGAUUCUGUUCAGCGAGGAUGCCAUUCGGAUUUGACCGAAGCCGAACAAACAGCUUGUGCCGCUAACAAACUAUGUGAAACUUGCUCGGACGAUUCGUGCAAUAAACUCUCGAAGGCUACCCUGGAAUCGUUUCCCAAAUGUAAACAGUGCAUUGCGCCAACUGCCGGUUGUGAGGACGGAACUAUUGCGGCCACCGAAUGUGGAACCCAUGUUGACAGUUGCUACGUUCGAUUGAACGGUGACAAAGUUGAACGAGGCUGUGUUUCCAAACUGGCUGCAGCGGACGCCGAAAAGUGUGUGACCGGAGAUGUCGCAACCACCUGCCUCAAGUGCUCCGGAGACGACUGCAACACCCAGAAGUGGCUCAAGUGCUUCAAGUGCGUCGAUACCGAUGCCAACUGCGCCGCAGAACAAACUAGCACCGCUGGAUUCUGCAGCCUAUUCAAGGUGGGCAACAAGUGCUACGAGCGGCUAGUCAAUGCGAAAAUCCAACGUGGCUGCCAAACCGAUCUGGCUGGAACGGAAGAAGCGUGCAGUGGAAACCAGGAAUGUCGGACCUGCUCUACUGAUGCGUGCAACAAGGAAACGGCCGAAAGCCUUAAGACGACCGAUCGAUGCCUGCAGUGCAGUUCGCUUGCCGGAUCGGCUGCGGACAAAUGUCUUCUGGGAACCGAAUCGAACCAGCCCUGCGCUAAGGCCUCGGAUGGCGAGUGCUACAGUAGAAUUGGUACAGAUGGACUGGUCAAUCGAGGUUGUACAAGCGCGCUAACGGCCGACGAGGUCACCAAAUGUACCGGAACCCUGUGCAAUGUUUGCAAAGCCCCCUCCGUAGGAACGACCUGUAACACUGGGCUGUUUCCGGCAAGCCGACUCAAGUGUUACCGUUGCAAAUCGACUGCAGCGGACGGAAAAUGCCAAGAAGCUCUCACCGGGGAAUCGUUCUCUGAAGUCUGCCCCAAGUACAAGGAAACAGACGGAUGCUACUCCCGAAACAGCGGCGACUUUUUGGAACGAGGCUGCCUGUCAGAUCUGACCGAGGAACCGUGCAAGGGCCUAACGGAAAAGCAAUGCGCUACCUGUGAAAAGGAAAACUGCAACAGUAUUUCGAAAAAGGUUCUCAAUGGAGCCGGACAGCUGGCAGCGCUGAGUGCCGUUGCCAUGGUGGCAGUGUCCUUCCUAGUCACACUGGUAACGAAGGUCUGAAUUUGAGAUUGCUUGAAGCUUCACUACGAGGAUAGGGACUGGUAUUAGUUUAAUUCACAAAGCAAAUAAUUGGCUGUUAAUAUAAUGAGGAACUCACGAAAGAUAAGGGAAAUUUAUCUUUGUCAAUAAAAAAAUAAAACAAUGUC